GCUCUCGUUAUUCAUUGGCUGACAGCGUGACGUAGAACGUACGCCGUUACGCACGUACGUACUCACUUCCUCAAUUUGACUAGCACAGACAGCGGAUUUGAAGAUGUUGGUACUGGUGCUCGGCGAUCUACACAUCCCACACCGGUGCAACACGCUGCCGGCCAAGUUUAAGAAGCUUCUGGUGCCGGGAAAGAUUCAACACAUUCUCUGCACGGGAAACCUGUGCACCAAGGAGAGCUAUGACUACCUGAAGACACUUGCCGGGGAUGUCCACAUUGUACGCGGGGACUUUGAUGAGAACCUGAACUACCCGGAGCAAAAAGUGGUGACGGUGGGUCAGUUCAAAAUCGGCCUGAUCCACGGCCACCAGGUGAUCCCGUGGGGGGACAUGGCCAGCCUGGCGCUGCUGCAGAGGCAGCUGGAUGUCGACAUCCUCAUCUCGGGACACACGCACAAGUUUGAGGCCUUUGAGAACGAGAACAAGUUCUACAUCAACCCCGGAUCCGCCACCGGAGCCUACAGCGCGCUAGAAAGCAACAUAAUUCCGUCGUUCGUACUGAUGGACAUCCAGGCAUCCACGGUGGUGACGUACGUUUACCAGCUGAUCGGAGAUGACGUCAAAGUGGAGAGAAUCGAGUACAAAAAGUCUUAAGCUACAGGACCAGAUGGUGUUCCAUUCCUUUCCACCCAGGGGCAAUGUUAGCCCUGUAAUAUAUUGUUCAUAAUGUUCAGAUUUUUGUUUUUUUUUUGUUUGUGGAGUUUAGUCAUUAUCCUGAAUGCAAAUGUCUUUCACAUGCAAAUUUAGUAACAAAACUUAGCUUCCUUCUCAUUUCGUAUUUGCCACUUUACACAAAAUAAAUGACUUCACUCAA